AUGGAUUGCCCUGAUACUAUAGCCAGCUACGAAAGCGACACACCAAGUGAAGAACGGCCACCAAGCCAGCCGGAAAAUAUCAAAAUUCACUCCAAGUUCCAAAUAGCCCGACCACCUCCAAAAGCACCUCAACGACUCCGAAUCAGCCCUAAACUACUCCUCCAAGUCCAGCAGCUACCCUCGAACCACCGCCCAGUCCCCGUACUAGAAGUAUGGCAACCGCCACUGUGCAGAUCAAAGUUAACUAAGGGCUUCCCUCAACGUCCAAAGCUCGGCCCAAAAGAUAUCUAUGCAACACUCAAUGAGCCAUAUAUCCCCAGCUCUGUCCCACAGGGACAAGCUCCCUCUCAGCCCCAAAGUACACAACUAAAAGGCGACUCAAACAACCAAGAAAAGGACAUCAUCGCUGCAAUCUGUCAGCCAAGUACCAACAACCCCACAUCAGCAAUCCACUUCCGCAAUGCACGAUGCACCUGGCAGGCCAGUACAGUCCCGGCGGGCGACAAAAACAUAUACAAAUUUGUUAUCAAAAGCAAAGAAAAUACCGGCUCUGAACAGUCCCGGAUGAUCAUGCAGUGGGAGAAACGGACUGUUUCUAGAAGAGAAAGUGCUGCCGGGUCUCACACCGAACAUUUUGUUCUGGUGGCUAUUGAUCGUAAAGCCCGUCGGAAGAGUCGUGUUGCGACUAUGAAUCCGGGCGGCUUUGAUAUUACGGUGAGGAAGAGUUCCGUCUUGGACCACUUGAGGACUUGUAUGGCGUUGACGGAGCCGGUUUCUGGUGGGAGUUCGGAUUCCAAUGCGGAUUUGGAAAUUUGGUUAUAUACCCUUGUUUUGACGUUGGGGGUUUCGGUGGCUUCUCAGGAGGGGUGGUUGGGUUGA